GGAAGUUUGAGGGGGACUAUAUUUCGGGAUGGGGACGGCUGCGCGCAUUCUUGGGGGGAGGGGGGAGGGAGGCGGCACGAACCACUCAAGGACAUGGAAUGGAGAGGGAGAGGGGGAGGGGGGAGGGGGAGGGGCCUCCUACUUAGGCGGUGGCAGCCUCAACCUCAGCCUCGACGGGGGCCUCGACGGGGGCCUCGACAGCCUUCUCGGGCUCGGCAGCGGCCUCAGGGGCGGCAGACUCGGUGGCGGCAGACUCGGUGGCGGCAGGAGUCUCCUCGUCGACCUUGGCACGCUUGGUCUCGGUGGACUCCUCAGCAGGGGUCUCCUCGACCUCCUCGAGCUUGCGCUUGUUGGAGGUGUCCUCCUCGGCAGCGGGGGUCUCCUCGGUGACGGCGGGAGUGGCCUCCUCGGCGACGGCGGGGGUGGCCUCCUCAGCAACCUUCUCCACAGCGGGGGUAACCUCCUCGACGGUGGUGGCAACCUCCUCGACGGCGGGGACGACCUCCUCGACGGUGGUGGUGGCGGCGACAACGGGGGUCUCGGCAAUGAUCUCGGCAGACAUGGUGGCAAGUAGGGGAGGAGAAGAGAGAAGUAUGGGGAAGAAGGGGGAUGUUCAAACCAAAUGAUG